AUGUCACUGAAGGCUUGUAUCGAUGGGUGGAAGCAUUUGCGGAAAGUCCUUGUGAUGGACGGAACCCACAUGUUUGGGAAAUGCAAAGGGGUUUUGCUUAGUGCGAGCGGCCAAGACACAGACUGCCGCGCAUUCCCUAUUGCUUUCGCAGUAGUUGAUAGCGAGAACUCGGAUUCUUGGAAGUGGUUCUUCGAAAGGUUGUCUACAAUCGUAGAAGAUAGUUGUGAAUUGACAAUAAUUUCUGACAGAUGCGCCGCAAUAUUUUCAGCUAAAGAUAGAUGGUAUCCGCGUGCACACCAUGGUAUUUGUCUUGAACACCUUAAGCGUAACGUCGCAGAAAAGUACAAAGGACUACAGCAGAAGGAUAUGGUCGCCAGCGCCGGAGAGGCAUUCAAAGUUUUUGAGUUUGAAAAGCUAUAUGAGGUUAUAAAGCUUACGGAUUGGAGAUGUUGGGAGUAUUUGGAAAAAAUCAACUGCAAGUUAUGGACACGUUCACAUUUCGAAGGAAAGAGAUAUAACAUGAUGACUUCAAAUAUAGCGGAAUCGUUGAAUCAUGCGCUGCUUCCAGCCCGUGGUAGUCCUAUAGGGGAACUGAUGGAGUUUAUUAGAUGGAUGUUGACUCGAUGGUUUGAGAGCAGGCGCUGCAAGAUCAGUAAAAUGACCGGAAUUGUUCCUAAAUUAAUCGAGCAAAUAAUGGUCGAACAGCUAGUGUUGUCUACUGGCCUUCUUCUUUUUCCAUGUUCCACUUGGGUAUUCGAAGUUACACACAAGGCAAAUGGUUUUGGUUUUUCUGUUGAUUUGGAAAAACAAACUUGCUCCUGCCUUGAAUUCCAGAUGCUUGGGCUGCCAUGCCGACACGCUAUAGCCGCUUCUUCUUAUCAAAACAUGGAGUACAGUUUUUUUGUUUCACAAUACCAUGUGAAAGAUACUUGGUCUGAAACAGUUAAGGGUAUCAUACUACCGAUUCCAAAUCCAGAGGAUAUCCAUAUUCCAGCAGAUAUACUAAAGCUCCAGCUUUUUCCACCAAUGACCAAAAGAACGAAGGGAAGGCCAGACAUUAAAAGGAAACUGUCAGCCGGAGAGGUUACGGUAAAACCUUUAUUUUUCCGUUUCUAA